AAAAACUAGUACUUUUUCACAUCCUCAGACAUUUUGACACAUACUAUCUGACAGAGUGAGAGAAAAACAGAGUAAAAAAAAAGAAAGAGAGAAAAACAUCAGAAAAACGAGAGAAAAGGAGGAAGUUGAAGGUUCCAUUGAAGAUUUCGGUGACCUCGUUCGAGUUUCUGGCUUAGUUCAUAACAGGUGGUUAAUAAAGAAAAUCAAUGGCAUCAAAAGGUCAUGGUAAUGGACGGCAUAAAAAAGGUGAGAAAGGACUUGAUAAUCUUUCCGAAGGUCAAUAUACACCACCAUCACUACCACCUGUUACCACAAAUCUUCAACCAGCUACUACAAAUAUUAUUCCUCCUCUAAGGGCAGCUAUUUCACUACCUAAUGCAUUUUUCAUGCCCCCACCGCCACACCAGUUCCAGCCCUCUUCUCCCCAUAAUAGUCUCCAUAGUAGCUCUUCAUCUGUACCUUCAACAUCAUCCACACCUAACCUUUCUGAAUUGAGAAUUGAAGGCCCCAGCACAUCAACAUCGCCCUCUAUUGAUAGUGAUGCAGCGUCUAAUGCUACAACAGCUGCUUCUCAGAUUCCUAAAUUUAAAAAGGUAGUAGAAUAUGACGGCAACAGAGGCAAAUUAUCGCCCCUGAUGAUAAUGGGUUCAUUCCUGAUUAUGCCGACGGACAUAUGGUUAUAGAAGUAAUUAAACCCCUUUACACUGAGCCGUGGGGCAGUUGGAACGAGAUUCGACUCGACAUUAGAGUGCUUAUGUGGAAUUAGUUUGUGGUAUAAUCAAAAUCAAAGAAUUUACCAUUUCAGUAUGCUAUCAAUGAUGAAUUUACCUUUAUAUCUGUCAACUCAUUUUAUGACUUUAUAUUAAACUAUUUUACAGACAAAGUGUUCAUGGAAUUCUUGUCAUAAUAAUGAAAUACAACGCAUUUUCAAGUUGAAAGCAGCUCCACGUAUCAAAGAACACUUGUAUGAGUCCCAGAGGCACUUGGAAAAACCUGGAUGGCUGAAUGCUAAUGUGUGGGAUCAGUUCUUGAAAAAAUGGGAUACUUCUGAAUAUAGGGCAAGGAGGGAAUGAACAAAGGCAAAUAGAACGUCUCAAAUGGGUGGCUCAUUGCACACUGGAGGUUCGAUGAGUUUCACUACACACCGACAAAAACUAGUAAUAAUAGCUUAAAUUUAUGAUUUGUUCGUUUAGUUCACUGUUCUAUAUUGUGACAUAGUGAAGCCGUGUGGGUCUCUUUCGAUUCACUAUUGUUGUUAUCUUCUAGUUGUUGUUCAUCUUGAAGUCUAGUAAAGCCGUGUAUGGCUUAUUUCGAUUCACUAGCA